ACGGCAAUGGCAAGUAACAACCUGUGAGUCCAGUGUUUCCAGUCUUGAGAACUUGGCCUGCUUUCUCUGACUACAAAAAUGGGCCACCAAGACCCCCUUCCAACCGUGGAAGACAAAGGCGUCUUCGAAGUCAACACAGAACAAUUCGGCUCGCCGCAUGCUUCCACUGGCCAACCCAGCAAGCUGGGAGAUCUUGCAGAGCCUGAACAGCAAGAUAUUGGCACGUUCUCCUCACUGUUCAAAGUUUCCAAGCAUGACCCGGACGCCAUUGCCACGGUCAGGAGUGUCUUUGAUGACCCAGACCUGGCACCCUACUACCAACCACGGCCGGACUAUGAAAACAUCCACCGCUUCGACCCCGAUGCUCGCUGGACGUACCGUGAGGAACGAAUUGCGCGACGAAAGGCCGACUUGAAGAUUUUGUCUUGGAUUCUGGUCAUGUUCUUCGCCCUGAACAUUGACCGCGGAAACUUGUCGCUGGCGGUCUCGUCGACAUUACUCAAGGAUAUCCACAUCAAUACCAACGACUAUAACAAUGCCCAGAACAUGUACCGGGUUGGAUUUCUGAUUGCGGAAAUUCCCUCGCAACUUAUUGGCAAGAAACUCGGUGUGGACCGGUGGCUUCCUGUGCAAAUCAUCUGCUGGUCGCUGGCCUCGGGCGGGCAAUUCUUCAUGCACAACCGGGCGGGAUUCUAUGCAUGCCGCUUCUUCAUUGGCCUGUUCAUGGGCGGCUUCAUCCCAGACAGCAUCUUGUAUCUGUCGUACUACUUCACCCGGCGAGAGAUGCCGUUUCGACUCGCGCUGUUCUGGUUCACCGAUUCCAUGUCCGGCGUGAUCGCGGCGUUCAUUGCCUAUGGCGUGCUGCACAUGGACGGUGUGGCCGGGCGAGAAGCAUGGCGGUGGCUGUUUAUGAUCGAAGCCAUCAUCAGUAUGGUCAUUGGCUUCCUGAGUUUCGUGUUCUUGGUCUCUGGCCCCACGCAGACCAAAAGCCGUUUGUUUCCCAAUGGCUGGUUUACCGAGCGCGACGAGACCAUCAUCGUCAACAAAGUCCUGCGCGACGACCCGUCCAAAGGUGACAUGCACAACCGACAGGCCAUCACGGCGCGCAUGCUGUGGAAGAGUCUGUGCGACUAUGACUUGUGGCCGGUCUAUGUGAUCGGGAUGCUGUUCGAGAUCCCGGGCGCCCCUCCAAAGGCGUACCUGACCCUGGCCCUCAAGCAUCUGGGAUUCAACGCGUUCCACAUCACCUUGUUGACCAUACCCGUCACCGUCUUCGCCGCCCUCAACAUGCUGUGGGUGACCGCCCUGACCGAGCGUGUUCGCCAGAUUGCCAUCAUCGGCCUUUUGUGUCAAGUCUGGAUUUUGCCCUGCUUGAUCGUCGACUAUGUCGCCGUUGACAAGAUCUCCCACUGGGCCCAGUAUGCGGUGUCUUUUAUUCUGCUAGGCUAUCCUUCCGUCCACGCCGCCCAGGCCGGUUGGUGCAGUCGUAUGAGCGGUUCCGUCCGCACCCGUGCCGUCAGUGCCGCUCUGUAUAAUAUCACCAUUCAACUCUCUGGGAUUGCAUCGUCAAACAUUUAUCGGAAAGAUGACUCGCCCAACUAUCGCCGUGGAAACAGGCAGUUGAUUGCCAUCUGCGUGGCCACCAUUGUUGCGUACGCCCUGGCCAAAGUUUACUAUAUGUGGAGGAACAAGCAGAAGCGGACCCGCUGGAAUGCCAUGACAAAGGAGGAACAACAGCAUUACUUGGCCACCACGAAGGAUGAAGGGAGUAAAAGAUUGGAUUUCUUAUUUGAACAUUGA